GUGCUAUGCUUCCGUGGAGGUUUCAGGAAUACUCCCAGGCCCGCCCAGCGCCGCGGCCUCGCGAUCCAAGGCUUCCUCGCCUCAGGAGCCCGAAGCCAGCCACAAAGAGCUGGAAGAGGCCCAGGCUCAGGUCAUUCCGCCCAGGCUGCCUGGCGAAGUGCCGGUGCCGCUGCCCGGCUGGCGUGUGGCCUGCAGGCUCUCACCUGAAGAUGCACGUUCUCGCUGGGGGAGCCGGCCACGUCCAGGAGGUGGCCAGCCCACGGGCUUUGCUCAGCUUCAGGUCAGCGUGGAACCGGAAGGACCUUUGGAGUUCCCCGUGCAGUUGGUCCCGAGUUGGGUCGAGCCUGCUGUGGCCUCGCUUUUUGCCGGUCGCUACGAGGUACAGCGGGCGCUGCCGAGGCGGCCCUGGGCCCAUCAGCUCUUCGAGGUCUUCGACCGCGAGGAUGGCGUCUCCAGGGCCCUGGAGGUCUUCGAGCUGUCUGGCACAGAAGAGGCGCAGAGGCUGACCCGUCGUCUGCAAAUCGAAUUUCUGGACGAGGAGGGCGGAUUGUUUCUGAGGUCUCGACACGCCUUCCUCGGCCUGCCGAGCCAUGUGGGUGUCGUGGAGGAUCUCCACAAGGCUUCUCUGUGGGAGGAGCUCGGCAGGUGCGACCCCUCGUCGGGACGGGCCUGUUUUGUGCUCUUGGAAGCUGCGGCCGCUGCUUUGCGCGGCCUUCAGAGGCUGCACUCCCACAACUGGGUUAUGUGCAAAGUUUCACCCGAAAGCUUGUGUUUGGCGCUGGAUGGCCGGUGGAAACUGACGGGUGUCCACGCUGCCCAGAAGGUCUCCGAACUGGAACCUUCCUGCUGGGGAGCCACGCUGCUGCCCGAG